AUGUCCAAGCAAACCAAGUACAUCCUCCUCUCCCUUCCGAGCUCCAUUACCCCCUCCCACCACCGCGAAGAUGCCCUCGAGGCCAUCACGAAAACGAUCUCCUCAGAUAACGGGACGGUAAUUCCGUUUCCGAUUCCGGAUUUUAAAAUCGGCACCCUAGACGCUUUGGUGCAGCAGGCGGACGAGUUGACAAAGGCGGAAGCUACCUGUCAGGCCGUCGCCGGCAAGGUUGGAGAUGCGUUGCGGAGUGUGCUUGAGGGCGACGAGGAGCAGUUGGCGCGGGUGAAAACGGUUAAUGAUAAGCCUCUUGAACAGUACUUGCGGACAUUCUCGUGGAACAAAGUCAAAUAUCGGGCUGAUAAACCAUUGUCGGAGUUGAUUGACUUGUUACAAAAGGAAACGGCCAGCAUCGACAACGACGUAAGGGCCAAAUUCACGCAGUAUAACCAAGUCAAGUCCAGUCUGGCGACACUACAGCGAAAGCAAACGGGAAACUUGGCCACCAGAUCUCUCACUGGAGUCGUAGAUCCGCGCCAGCUUGUUCAGCAUUCCGAGUAUCUAGAAACGCACCUUGUGGCGGUUCCGUCGCGAGACACCAAGGACUUUCUUCGCUCCUACGAAACGUUAUCUCCUAUGAUCGUGCCACGGUCAGCCACACGUAUUGCUUCAGAUGACGAGUUUACGUUAUACGGGGUAACCACGUUCAAGAAACAUAGCCACGAAUUUAUUCACAAAUGCCGCGAACAUAGGUGGACUCCAAGGGAGUACAAGUACGUCGAAGGCGGAGAGGAGGAAGAACGGAAAGAAGUCGAACAGAUUUUGUUUGCGCUUUGA